CUUUCCUAUAAACAAACACACAUUCCCAUUCCCAUCUCACAAAUUCUCUCUUUCUUACUACACCAACUUCCCCUGAACCUUCCUUAACCACAACCCCACAAAAAAACACUUUCCCUCUUUCUUAUACCCUCUUCUUCCUCUGCAUGCACCACAACAACAACACCAACACCAACAAUGGGUAAUCUCUGUGCUCUUCUCAAACCAAAACAACAACAACCCUUUACAUCCAAAAAACAGCGUUACUCAAACGCACCUUCAACAAGUCGCAGAGAGAAGAAAAAGCUAGAUGAUGCUGUGAUUCGAGAACAAGCAAUUGCUGCUGCUUUACUAUACAAACAACAUCAACAGAAUCAACAAUUUGAUCGAUCAAGUUCGUUAAGGUAUCCAAAUGGAGUGUCAAAAAGGAAUAAUGGUAGUAAUUCUUUGCCUCGUAGUUCAAGUUCCAGAGCUAGAUCACUUACCGACCCACUUCUUCAACCUCAUCAACUUAUUAAUCAGGGUAUAAAGGUUGACGAUCUUGAAACCAAUCAUUUUGUUCUUGUUCAUGGAGGUGGCUUCGGGGCCUGGUGUUGGUACAAAACUAUUGCACUUCUUGAAGAAAGUGGUUAUAAAGUAUCUGCUAUAGAUUUAACUGGUUCUGGAGUUCAUUCAUUUGAUACAAACAACAUUACAAGCUUGUCGCAAUACGUAACGCCUCUUACUGACUUCCUUGAAAAAUUUCCUGAAGGCAAAAAGGUGAUCUUGGUUGGACAUGAUUUUGGUGGGGCAUGUAUAUCAUAUGCAAUGGAGUUGUUUCCGCUUAAGAUUUCAAAGGCCGUCUUUAUAGCUGCCGCAAUGCCGACUAAUGGACAAAGUACUCUCGACAUCAUUUCACAACAGGCCAGUUCAAAUGAUCUCAUGCCAAAGGCUCAGAAUUUUUUGUAUGCUAAUGGAAAUGAUCGCCCUCCCACUGCUUUUGAUCUGGACAAAUCAUUGUUAAGAGAUUUGUUAUUCAACCAAAGUCCUACCAAAGAUGUUGCAUUAGCAUCUGUCUCGAUGAGGUCAGUACCAUUCGCACCAGUUUUAGAGAAACUUUCCCUUUCAGACCCGAAAUACGGAACUGUUAGGCGGUUUUAUAUAAAAACACUCGAAGACAAUGCCAUACCUACUACACUCCAAGAAAACAUGAUAAAUGCAAGCCCUCCGGAGAAGGUUUUCCAACUGAAGGGUGCUGAUCAUUCUCCUUUCUUCUCAAAGCCUCAAGCUCUGCAUAAGUUGUUGGUAGAAAUCUCAACAAUCCUUUGAGAACAUUCAUUACCUAAAUUGUUUGUGAAGCCUCACUCAUGCAGCUAAAGCUUCACCAACAUGAAACUCUAAUGUACAGUUUUUUUUAUCAUGAAAGAGAGUAUUGUGUGCAAGUUAGAAGGUUCCUUCUUCCUCUUUUUUGGAGUUAAAACCAGGAAAACUAGCUUGUACAACCUUAGCACCAAUACUUCAGAUUGAAGACAUGUUUGAUGUCUGACAUAUGUCGGUGUUUGACGUACAAACACACGUGGUUGGUUAAUUCAAUUAUUUAUAUUUUUUUGAAAUGAUUAUCAAUGUCAAUAGGACAAUAUUAGUGUCGUUUCUGGUGUUUGUGUCAAGUGUUUCAUAGUCUUCAACUCAUAAACAUGUAUUACUUGCAACAUAAAAACCUUGUUAUAUUGCUAGUGUUACUUGUUAGAAAUACCAAGGUUUGAUUUUUUUUGUUUUUCA